AUGGUUGAAUUUCAAAAUAAUGGAAAAGAUGAAAAAUUUGAAAGAUUAUUUUGGAAAGUUUGGAGAUUUAAUUAUAUUAAAUAUAUAAUAUUAUAUUAUAUAAAGAAUUCAAAUAUUGAAUUUUCAGAACAUCAAAGAUAUUUAGGAAAUAGAAAAGAUUAUAAUUCAAUAACAUCAUUAGAAUGGAUGGUUUUAAAUAAUCAAUAUGAAAUGAUUAAAGAUAAACUUAAAUCGAAUCAUUAUAUAUUAAUUAAUAAAGGAAUGAUUAAGAAAUUAAUUAAAGUUUGUAAAGAUCAAGAAGUUUUUAAAUUAUUAUUUGAAAAAAGAAGAAAAGAUAUUGAAAUUAUAGAUUUAAUUGAAGAAUCUGUAAAAUGUGGUUCAAUAAUUGCAUUUAAAACUUUUAGACAAUUAUAUUUUGAAAAUCAAGAUUUAGAUAAAAACGAUAAUAAUAAUCCAAAUAAUAGUAUAUCAAAAAGAUUAAUGGAUGUUGCAAUUGGUAAUGGACAAUUAGGAAUGUUAGCAUAUAUUAGAAAGAAUGAAAAUCAAGGUUAUACAGAAUCGACAUUAUUAAAGAAUUGUUUAUUUUCACAAAAUCGUGAUUUAAUGUUGGAAUAUAUAGAGAAUAAAUUAAAUAUAAAUUUAGUUGAACAUAUGAAAAAAUAUCCAUCAAAUAAUAGUUUUCCAUUAUUUAAUGAUAUAUCAUUUUUAAAAUCAAGUGAAAAGAAAAUUCUUUUUCUAUUGAAUGGAUAUCAUUCAAAGAUUAAAAGUAAUUUAUUUUAUUUAAAAAUUGAUCAAGAAAGAUGUGAUUUAAAAGAUAAUGGCAGUAUAAAUCAUUUAAAGUAUAGAUUAUUGUUACAAGAAAAAGAUUCAAAUGAGUCAUAUAAAAAGUUAAUUGAAAAAUUAAGUAAAAUCAAUUCAAAAGAAGAUUUAUUAGAUCAAUUUAAGUAUCAAUUAACUUCAUUUUAUAUUAAUCAUUAUUAUAAUUCAAACUAUUGUAAAUAUAAAGAAUUUAUUGAAGAAAUGGGUGGAAUUAAAAUUGAAAUGGUAUUUUUAUAUUAUCAAAUGGCAUUUGAAAACUUUUCAAUCUCUGGGUUAUUAGAUCUUUAUUCAUUAUUUUUAACAAAUCCUGAUGAUUUUAAUAAAAUAAUCUUUCAUAAUAAAGAUGAUUUUUAUAUAUCACCAGUACCACUACCACCACCACCACCAUCAACACAAUCAACAAUUGUUGAAAAUAAUGAACAUUUACAAUUUACAUCACCAAUAACUGUUAAAACAUUCUUUCAACAACUUUAUUUAAUUGAAAGAUCAAAUUUUUAUAUCUGUUGGGAUUAUUUAAUUAAAUCAUUAUUUAAUCAUCCAUAUGAAACUUGGGAAGGUUUAUUAAAAUUAAAAGAUUUUAAAAGUACAUUAACAACAUUCAUAAAUUCAGAUCCAAAACAAACAUUGGAUUUAAUUUUACAAAGAAAACAAUUUGAUUCAAAAUUUAUUGAUUUGUUUUUUAAUUUCAUUCAAAUUGAUUUAUCAUUAAUUGAUUUUAAAUUUAUAAAUCAACAACAACAACUUCAACAUUCAAAUGACUAUUAUUCACAUUAUUAUUAUAAUAAUAAUAAUAAUAAUAAUAAUAAUAAUAAUGGCAAUAACAAUAAUAACAACGCUCAUCAUAUUGAAGGUAUAAAAUUUAUAAAUUACAUUAUAAAAUAUAUGACAUCACCAGAAAUUUUUUUAAAUUUCUUUACAACAAUUAUACCUCAAAAAUUAGAAUUUCAACAAGCAAUUGAAAUUUACAAAAAAUUAGAUAUUAAUUCAAUUAAUCAAUUCUUUAAAUCAUUUAAACAAGAUUUCUCUGAUGAUUAUUUUCAAUUUAAUUAUCAAGGUGGUAUAGAAAGUUAUUUAUUUAAUUAUAAUAUUAUAAAUUUAAUAUUUAAUUUAAAUAAUAAUAAUAAUAAUAAUAAUAAUAAUAAUAAUAAUAAUAAUAAUAAUAACUAUAUUGAUGAAGAUAAUAAUAUUAUAAAUAAUAAUAAUAUUAAUAAUAAUAAUUUAUUAAAAUUAAAAUUAAUUUUGAAUUUAACAAAUAAUGGAAAAGAUAAUUUAAUAAUUAAUAAUAAUAAUUUAUUAAAACCAAAUGAAAUUAUAAUUAAUAUUAUUAAAAAUCAAUUAUUUAAAUCAUUUAGUUAUACAUUAUAUUUUAAUUUAAUUGAAAAAUUAAUUGAAAUUAAUUUACAACCAAUUUUAAUAAUAGAAUUAAUUGAACAAUUAUUUAUAUCUUCAAAUUUCAAUAUAUUUUUAAUUCACAAAGUUUAUGAUUUAUCUUUAAAGAAAAGAUUAUAUCAAGUUUUUAAAUACCUUUAUGAAAACAAGUAUUUCAAUUUCGAUAAAAUUAAUGUUUUACAUUAUUAUUCAAAUCAUACUGUUUUUGAAGCUAAAAAUAAUUUUAAAUAUUCAGAUGUUAAAUUAUCAAUGGAUAAGGUAUUUUCAAUGUAUAAUCAAAUUCAAAAUAAACAAAAACAAGAACAUCAUCAAUUUUAUUUAAAAAAUCAUGAACCAAUUGAAUUAUUAAAAAAAGGUUAUUUUAAUGAAUUUAUAAAUCAUUAUAUUGAAAAACAGUCAAACCAACAACAACAAAAUAAUAAUAAUAAUAAUAAUAAUAAUAAUAAUAAUAUGAAUAAUAAUAAUAAUAAUAAUAAUAAUAAUAAUAAUAAUAAUAAUAAUAAUAAUAAUAAUAAUAAUAAUAAUCAACAAAAUAAUGAAAAUUUAAAUGAUCAAGAAAUUAUAUCAUCAUUAUAUACAAUGAAUACAUUUUAUCAAGAAAUGGAAUUAAUAAUUGAGAGUGGUACACUUGAUCAAUUUAUAAUUUUUUAUGAAAAAAUUAUAUUAAAUGGUAAUAAUAUUUCAAAUUAUUUAGGUAAUGAUAAUAGUAAUAGUAGUGGUAAUAAUAGUUCAAAUAGUAGUAAAAAUAAAACAAUAUUUUCGAAAUCAAUUAAUAAUUUUAGAUAUGAUAUAUUAGAAUAUUUAAUUGAAAGAACUGGUUUUAUAUCAACUACUGCAAUAUUAUCAGAUUUAAUUCAUUUAAUAAUUUCAAAUGGUGAUUAUCAAACAAUUGAAUAUUUAUUUAAAAAUCAUUUAGAUCUAUUCACACAAAAUCAACCAAUAACAUUAAAACCAGAUUAUUUUAAUCAAAUUCAAAAAACACUAUGUCCAAAAUAUAUUGCAACUCUUUCAAUUUCAAAUGGUUAUUUAAAUAUAUUAAAACUUUGUAUUGAUACAUUUUCAAAUUUUAAUUUCUUAUCUGAAUUAAUUGAUAAUAGUGUAUUAUAUUAUAUCAUUUCGAAAGGAUUUUAUAAUAUUUUAAAUUUCAUAUAUCAAUCAAAUAUCAAUCAUUUUCAAUCUUUUGAAUUUAAAAACAUUGAAUUAGUAUAUAAUGGAGUUAUCAAUAAUAAAAACUCUGAUAAAAUUAUUAAAUUAUUAAAUAAUAUAAAAAAUCAUUUUUAUCCUCCAUCUCCUCCAACUAAUGAUAUAAUUUUUAAAAAACAAAAAUAUAAUAACCUUUUUUAA